AUGGCAGCAGCUCGGGCUCUCUUCAAGGGCAACACGCAGGAGGCGAUUGGAAUCCUGAAGACGGCGAGCGUAACACACCCAGAGUUGUUAUUCGUCUCUCUCGCCCUGCAACUCAUCGGAAAGAGCAAUCAUCACCUCAACAAGGAGCAGCUUGAUUUCGACGAGGCGGUGGCAUCGAAGACAGACCCCUAUCUUAGGGCAAUCUCGUCGCUGAUUGCCACGGGAGACUGGUUCGCCAUUGCAAACCAAAAGUCCCUGCCCCUGUCAGACCGGGCCUACGUUGCCGUACGGAACUUUAGCGACGAGCAGCUCACCAAGUGGCUCAACGAACAGGUCUCGAUGGCUGUGAGCACGGGAGACAUUGAAGGCAUUGUUCUCACGGGCAUAACGGACAGUCUGGUGGACAUUUUCGCCCAAUACGUUGAGAAGUUCAACGACUUCCAGACGGCGACGCUAGUCAUGUCGAUAUGUGCGCCACGUUACAUUGACGACUACCGGUGUCUGGCUUGGAGGAAUGCGUACAGGACAUAUCUACAGCGGCACAAGGCCUUCCUCCAGAGGACCAAGUUCGAGGUGGAGAGUACGAAGAAGAGCAAGCGCGGUGGGCGCCCAACGAUCAAGCCGCCCUCGCGGCAGAUUGCUCUCCGGUGCGUGUAUUGCGAUGCGGAGACGACUCUCGCUGGACAGGGAGGAGCCGGGUCGGGACCGCCGCCUGGCGCGCCUGAUUCGCGCAAUCCCCUUAUGGCGACGAGCAUAAAUGCGGGAAUCAGCUGUCCCAACUGCGGUCGGCAUCUGCCGCGGUGCGUUGUGUGUCUUGAAGUGGUGGGCGUUCCGAGAUCUGACCGACCGGAGCACAACGGUGAGCCGGAGAGGUGGAUGGCGGCCAACUUCCCAACAUUUUGCUUGAAAUGCGAACACGUUUUGCAUCUGGACCAUGCGAGGCAGUGGUUCACGAGGCAUGUUGAGUGUCCGGUACCCGAGUGCCGUUGUCGAUGCAAUUUCAGGGCAAACCCAGAGCUGAACUACCAUUGA